AUGAUUGCGUUACAACAUCAGCCUAUCUCGCAUCCUGCCAAAGUGGAUAUCUCACUACUACUCAAGCCCCAAGAUGAGGAAGAAGCCGCCCCGGGCAUCAACACCGGAUUCCCGCCCAGAAUCCCAGGGCCUCCGUUGAGCUCGAUGGGUCCCAUCAUGACCAUGCCAGGCCCGGCUGCUAUGACCGCUAUGCCUCCUCUCUCCAAGGCAGGCCCCUCAGGUGCCCCCAAACGUCUGCAACCGGCGCAUACGGCCGAAUCUCCAGCAAAGAAACAAUCCAAAUGGUCACCAGAAGAGGACGCCUUGAUAAUCGAGUUGCGAGGCAGUGGGAUGAAAUGGGAGGAUAUCAGCAAACGACUGCCCGGCCGCAGUGCGAUCAGCUGUCGGCUUCAUUAUCAGAACUACCUGGAGCGCCGAAGUGAAUGGGACGAGGACAAGAAGAACAAACUAGCUCGUCUAUAUGAGAGAUUCAAAGCCGAAAUGUGGUCCAAGGUGGCCGAAGAAAUGGCUAUCCCAUGGCGUGCUGCAGAGGCGAUGCACUGGCAACUGGGAGAACAGGAAAUGGCCCGCCGUGCGGGCGUCGUACCAUUCUCCCUCUCCAGCGCAGCCAUCGAUCCCCCCACCACCAGAACACGUCGAGCCAGCACCUCUCUCUCACGACCCAGGAAAGGAUCUUCCUCACGCGCAAUCCCCGGUCAAUUCCCCGGUCUCCCACCUCAGCUUCCCUCCCUGGAAGAGCUCACUGCAGGCGUUCCUGCAUAUGCACCUGCCCCCCCUUCAAGAGAGUUUUAUGGACCUGGACGACCGUCUGAAAUGGGCAUUCCCCCACCAGGUCUGAUCGGCCCUCACCUCGGCAUGCCCCCUCGAACUCUGCCCUAA